UCUUCAAUUCUCUGCAUCAUUAUGCUCUCUGCACCUGUCUCCAUUGACACUGCCCCCCCAUCCUUCCAUGUUUAUUCUGCUUGGAAUUCCUGGGAUGCAAGACCAGCACAUUUGGAUUGCCAUCCCCUUCUGCUCUAUGUAUAUCGUUGCUCUGGUGGGCAGUGGAACUAUCCUCUACAUCAUCAUGACAGACAAAGCUCUGCAUAAGCCAAUGUACCUUUUCCUGUGCUUACUCUCUGUCACUGACCUGGUACUCUGUUCAACUACAUUGCCCCAAAUGCUAACAGUCUUCUGGCCGAGGUCUCACAUAAUUUCUUAUCAUGGCUGUCUUACUCAGAUGUUUUUUGUUCAUGCUGUCUUUGCCACAGAGUCAGCUAUUCUGCUGGCCAUGGCUUUUGACUGCUAUGUGACUAUCUGCUGUCCUCUUCAUUACACAUCCAUCCUCAGUGCCACCAUGAUUGGGAAAAUUGGACUGGCCUGUGUGAUUCGUGGUCUUUUCUUUGUUUUCCCCUUUGUCAUCCUCAUUGAACGCUUACCCUUCUGUGGACAUCACAUAAUCCCUCACAUUUACUGUGAGCACAUGGGCAUAGCCAAGCUGGCUUGUGCUAGCAUCAAGCCCAGUAGUAUUUAUGGUCUCAUGGUGACAAUUUCAAUCACUGGCAUGGUUGUGGUCCUCAUUGCCACUUCCUACUUUCUGAUCCUGCAGGCUGUGUUGUGCCUUUCUUCCAAAGAUGCC